AUGGCGGUUGUGCCGCGGAAAAAGUCGUAAUUUCCAAGGAGAAGAUAAUCUGUCGCGUCGGUUCUUUUUUCAAAUGCUAGUAUGACAUAAAAUUUAUACGACGAUUCCUUGUCUUAACGCUAACAAAAUGAAGAACAUUCAUCCAUAAAAGCCUCGGAAAAGGCUCAAAAGCUGAAGUGACGAUGGAAAUUAAGCGCGCGACUUUUGGCCGACUUUCCCUUUGAUCUUAAAGGCAUAGCGACAAUAAAUAUAAAUAAUUAUAGUAAAUACAUCAUAAAAAAGAAAAGGAAAGGAAAGGAUAACUUUUUCGCGUUCCGCGCUUCCUAUAAGAAAAUCCUUUUUACGCGUUCAGCCUCCUAACCAAAGAAAAAGGAACAGCAGCAGAACUUUUCACGUCGUGGAAGUUUCUUGUGUUUUUUACUGCUGCAGGGAGGCAAACAAAGUCAAAGUUACAGAGAAAGUUGUUGUGCAACGUGUGGCAAGUGCGGCUAAAAAAAAUUGUAUGCAGCAGAGAGUUUAACUCGAUUUUAGUGUCCAACAAUCAGUACAGCAAAAUUGUGGAAAAGGCUGCGGAAUUGCUAAAGUGGAUUAGCGCCGGCAUUCAAUUCCUUCAACUCCUUUUUGUCCAUGAAAUCAUGAUUACGAGAAAAUGCUGAUAAAAAUGUCAAUGAACAUUUUUCUUAAGUCUCAGCAAAUUCGUGCAGCCUUGCUUGUGGCAACUCUUUGCCUGCUUUUGGAUGCACGAACUGCCUGGGCAAAGAAGCUAAAUGCGAGCCAGGCAUUCGACGACACAUGGAACACAGCAUCCGAUUUAGAAAAUGAGCUGGAGCAACAGAAGCGAGCGAAGGGCCAAGGUGGAGGAGGCAGCGGACCCGGCCAGUGGUCGACCUGGUCGGACUGGUCGACGUGCUCGCGCACCUGCGACGGCGGCAUCAUGCAACAGAUACGUAGGUGCAGCAACUCCGGCAGCUGCCGCGGCGAGAGCGCCCGCUUCCGCAUCUGCAACAUGCAGCCCUGUCCGGAGCAGCAGGACUUCCGCUCCAGCCAGUGUGCCGCCUACAACGAUGUCCCCUACGAUGGCACUCUGUACAAGUGGACACCGCAUUACGACUACGUCGAGCCCUGUGCGCUCACGUGCAGAGGCCACCCGGCGCACCUCGUUGAGGACAUAUCCCGGGAGACGGGUGGCGGCCACGACGAGGAAUCGGAGCACUACGACGAGCAGAGUGUCAUUGUGCAACUGUCGGCGCGCGUCCAAGAUGGAACCCGCUGUCGUUCUGGCAGCCUGGAUAUGUGCAUCCAAGGAAAAUGUCAGCGCGUUGGCUGCGACUUGAAAAUCGGCUCCACAAAGAAAAUCGACGGCUGCGGCGUUUGCGGUGGCGAUGGAAACUCCUGCUCCCAGCCGCUCUACUACUGGGAGAUGGCACCGAUGUCGCAGUGCUCUGCCACCUGCGGCGGAGGAUACAAAAUGGCUCGUCCAAUAUGCAGAAAUCGUCUAACCAACGCCGAUGUGGAUGAUACUCUUUGCAGCCUCACUAAUCGCCCGGAGGCGUCAGUGGAGCAAUGUAAUACUCACAGCUGUCCGCCGCGCUGGAUAACCGACGACUGGAGCACCUGCAGCAGGCUCUGUGGACAUGGGUACCGUGAGCGGAUGGUGGUCUGUGCCGAGGAGUCUAACGCCAUCAAAACGAGGGUUGCAGAUAUCAUGUGCCGCUCACCGAAACCGCCGACACAAGAGACCUGCAUUAUCGAGGAGUGUCCGCAUUGGGAGGUCGAGGACUGGACUGGGUGCUCGGUUUCCUGCGGACAGGGAAUACAAAUGCGAGGCGUGGAAUGCAAAUCAACGGACGGCAGCCUGAGUGCCAAGUGUGAUCCGCUCACAAAGCCGGGGAGCAUGCAGCAGUGCUCCACGGGAAUCCCCUGCGGAGGUGAAGGCGCCUCCCAGAACAAAGGCGGUGGCACCAUCAUUGUGGGCAGCAGUCGCUCUGGGAAUGAGCGGUCAGAGCGGGAGAUGGACAGAUCCGACGCGGAUGACGAUGACGACGAGGACUUGGACGAUGAGGCCGAGGACAUUGACGACCUGGAAUCGGGUCAGGAUACCGAUGACGGCGAGGGCUUGUCGUAUGCCGAUCAACCCUUGCGCUACUCCCACCAAACACAGAGUCGCCUGCACCAGGAAGCCCCGAACGAGCCGCGAACCAUGCGAUUGAUGGGCGGCAAUUCAAAUAGUAACUACAACCGGAGAGGAGGUGACACCGACGGGCCUUCGCUGGAUCCCAGCUUCGUGAAAGACACCGACUGGUCACCUUGCAGCGUUACCUGUGGCGAGGGCAUUCGUCGUCGCACCUACAAGUGCAAAAUAUUUUUGGAAUACUCCAGGACAGUGGCGACCGUAAAUGACUCUCUUUGUGAGGGAACCAAGCCCCAUGACGAGGCGGAGCGCUGCGUGGAGGAUCCGUGCGUGCUGCCCUCGCAUGGGUUCGACGACCAGUUUCCCAGGGACUCAAUCAAGGUCGGUGUCUCGGAACCUGGCAAGACGUACGUGUGGAGGGAACAGGGCUACACAUCCUGCAGUGCCUCCUGCCUCGGAGGCGUGGAGGAGCUGAUCAUCAACUGCGUGAGGGAGGAUAACGGCAGGGUGGUUUCACCCUUCCUCUGCUCGCCAGAAACCAAACCCGAAGCGCGGGUUCGCACCUGCAACGACCGUCCCUGUCCGCCGAGGUGGAACUACUCGGACUACACGCCCUGCUCCAAGAGUUGCGGCAUUGGCAUCAAGACGCGCGAGGUGCAGUGCAUCCACGAGGUGACCCGCGGGGGCGAGAACACCAUGGUGGUGCCGAACAGCAUGUGCCCACAGCCGCCGCCUGCCGACAGGCAGUACUGCAACGUGCUCGAUUGCCCCGUCCGCUGGGAGGUGGGCGAGUGGUCCAAGUGCUCGCACACCUGCGGAUACGGGUUCAAGGACCGCAAGGUGGAGUGCAAGCAGAUCAUGGCGCAGGAGCACAAGAUCGAGCGGCCAGAGUCGAUGUGUCCGAGCGCGAAGCCACCGGACAAGAAGCCGUGCAACGUGAAGCCCUGUCCGCCGGAGGACCCCAAGCCCGUUAUCCAGAUCAAUAACUCCACACACAUUCAGCAUGAUCCCAAGAAGACCAAGAUCACACUCAAGGUGGGCGGUGCCGGGGUGGUGUUCUUCGGCACCCAGGUGAAGAUCAAGUGCCCGGUGAAGAGGUACAAUCGCACCAAAAUCAAGUGGAGCAAGGACCACAAGCCGCUGCAGCGCUCACGAAAAUUCAAGGUGUCCAAGAAGGGCGCCCUUCGCAUUCUCGACAUCACGUUCCGCGACGCCGGGGUCUACUCCUGUCACGCAGGACUCAGCUCGGCGGAGAUUAGCAUCGAGGUGAAGGCCAAGCCGGGCCAGCAGGCCGAGGAGCUGGAACGCCAGGAGUCGGAUCGCCUGGUGCGUGAACGGAGCGGCACGGAGGCUCUUACCUCGGCGGACAUGACGUCAGUGGACGGUGCAGGAGUGGGAGCUGGAACUGGAUCUGAUGGCCUCCCUGAUGGGUCCACGCAGCAGCAGGGCACACGUCGGAGGCAGCAGCAGUCGGAGCGCCUCCAGAAUGGCAGGGAGCGGAGCCGGAGGCCCAAGUCGGACGGAGUGCAGCAUGCGGACAGCAGCAUCAUGGAGGACGAUCAUUCGCAAUUAGUGAAAUCCCAGGACAGGGUUCCGCAGCCAGCGAGUGCCAGCAGUGGCGGCAGUCGGACCAGGACUCUGCUGGCCAUGCCGUACUUCCAGGCUCUGCUCAGCCACCUCCAGUUCCUAUGGCCGCUGCAGCGCUUCAAGGACUCUCGUGGCCAGCAUUUACUCCGCGGCGAGGCGGUCAAGUACGGCCUCGACUCGGAAGCCGCCCACUUCGAGCAGGACGAGCCGAUGCGUGCGAUGGCCAAAGAGCUGCACACCGAGGCGGGUCCCAUUCGCACGGCCUCCGAGUCGAUGGGGGUCAAGGCAGUGGACGCAGGCCAGGACCCGGACAUGGAAAUCUUGCCUCACAUGCCCCACGCACGAUGGGAAAUCGCAGCGGCCACCACAACAACGGCGAUGCCGGCCCUCGAGAGCGCCGAUUACGUCUACAAAUGGCAGUUGGGCAAAUGGUCCAAGUGCUCGCAGGACUGCGGAGCAGAUGGCAGCGGCUUGCAGCGACGCACUCUGGGCUGCCGGAGAGCUGCGGCAAGGGCCGGGAACUCCAGCGCGGAGCAGGUCGUGGAUAAUUCAGAGUGCACCGCCCACGGGCUGGAGCAGCCCCAGACGUUCCGGAGCUGCGGCAACGAGCCCUGUCCGCAGUGGACCAAGGGCGAGUGGUCGCUCUGCCAGCAGUCCCGCUGCCACGGCAGGAACACGGCCGUGCAGCGCCGCGAGGUGUCCUGCCGGCACGAGAACGGGACGGCGGGAAGUGCCUGCGACGAGUACGAGCGUCCGGCCAUGCGCCAGGAGUGCUACAACGAGCGCUGCAAGGGCGUGUGGCGUGUGGAGCCCUGGUCAGAGUGCAACGCUCCGUGCGGCCGACAGGGUAUCAAGUAUCGCAUCCUGCAGUGCGUCUGGUACGGGAGUCGCCGGCCGGCGGGCAAUGUGUGCAAACACCAGCCCCGACCGGCGGUCAUGAAAAUCUGCAAAAGUCCGUCCUGCCAGACCAAAAUGUCGUCCUCGAUGCAUUGUCGCGACUCGUCGCGUUACUGCCGGAAUGCGCUUGCCAUGGGCCUGUGCCGACUUCAUCGCUACAAGGAGAAGUGCUGCGGAUCCUGUCAGCAGCCACAGAACGAUAAAUAUAUUACCCAUUAGCUCCGAAUAAGCGGGCCAUCUAAUUAUCGAACUCUGCAAGCAAUUACUCUAAGUACCGUAAAUAUUGACAACUAUAGCAAGAUAUAAAGUUAAACUUAUCCAUAUUUAUGUAUUUCGAGCAGAGCCCUCACAAUAGCACUAGUUCUAGUUUAUUUUCGUACCGAGUCUAGGAAAAACAUAGGUAAAUAUAUUUCGGUUUUAUUUUCAAAUGUUUUGCGCAAUCAACAGAAAGAGCCUAAUUUACGUUCAUUGUUCGCAACCCGGCGGGAAAGAAUUAUAAUAUUACCAUUUAUAUCUAAAGUAAGCGUAAAAUAUUGUUAGAUCUGCCCUAGGCAAGUGUCCUCUGGCAAAUCAUUGGGCUUCAGAAUUUGUAAAGCGAACUGGUCGUCGGUGGCAGCAGAUUUGCUUUAAGCAAUUAAAUCCCUAAACAUGAAUGGGCUCGUAACGUACUAAACCCUAUCGGGUUAGACUAAGUUUCUAGGCCACAAUCCUCGUAGUACAUUCGUGUAUUAAUGCAAGUCGAUUUGCAUGGCGCCACCUUAUAUAGUGUAUGCGAGGGAUCUCGAGUGUGAAGCCAUCAGAGUGAUUCAAUUCAUUGCUGAUUCAUCUGGCCCACUCGAAGUAGUUGAAAUGUUUAGCCAAUAACUCAGAUUAAUAUUAAACACUAACGAAUACGCUGAAUCGGUAAGGCCAUGAUGCAUGCAUUUAGCUUUUAAGAGCGACAAGAAAUCCGCACUGUUACCUAAAUCGAAUAAACCCUGAUUAUGAAAACGUGUAAAUAUUACAGCUAAUGAGAGGUACUGCAACUCUAUGGAUAUGCACAUAUGACUUAUGUAUGUCAAUUUAUGCCACUGAAUUUCCCUUCGUUCAAAAUUGAUCAAUUCGCCACUAAGAAUAUUGUAAAUAAUUCGAAUCAGCACUAAAUCGAGAAUUUAUUUAAAGGCUUACUAUGUAAUUUAAACAAAAGAUGAACUAUAUUGCAUACAUGCAUAUGUGCGCCUAUUUGUAAUUAGUUUUUUAUGAAUAAAUUGUUUUGUAAACCCCAACAUAGCAAAUAAUUAAAUGAUAAUUAAACGCAGCAUGUUAGCUGAUACUUAGCUAAACUAUAAAUAUACAUAAAACAUGAAUUCAAUUAACACGGGGAGAAUCUCCUGAAUGUUAAGAGCAUACAUGAAUAUAUUAAUGAGCUGUUAAGGACAACGUAAUAACGGUACACAUAUAUAAAAAGCGACGCAGCCAUAACCAAUGUUAAAUACAUACAGACACGAACAGACAUGUUAUCACUCUCUCACAACCCCCCUCCCCAUUCACUCCAAUACUAACGUACUGCAAGGAUAUGGGCUAUGACGCUGCAUAGUCAAUCCGAAAUAUUGUAAGAAUUUAAAAGAAUUGUGGA